AUGAUCAAUUCUGUUUGUGGAAGAAUGGGUUCAAUCAAAAGUGAAAGCUCAUCAGUUUCUUCCGAGUUGAAAAAUAAAACAUUACUAUCUUCUUCUGAGUUAGAACACAAUAAUCACUUAGCUCCACCAAACCUUACUUUCCCUGCAGUGAAAUAUGAGUUGGAUGGAGAUGUUGAAGUUCAGUCACCGGAUAGUUCCAUGUGGGAAACAUUUUUCUCCGAUCAUUUGGAUUCCGAUUUCAUGAUAUUAUCUCCAGUGAGGAACUUACCAUCUCCACAAGCUUGGAGUUGUAAUUAUAGUUAUGUUCAUUCAACGCAAGGGCAAAGCAUUUCGGGUUGUUCGCCUCCGCGACAAUAUUUAUCUCAGCUUACUGCUACUAAUAAUAGUCUUAAAGGAAGAGGGCAAAGUCCUUUGCAUAGAGUAUUUAACUCUCCAAAUAAUAAUAAUAAUAAUAAUAAUAACAACAAUCAAUUUAUGCAAAUUGAGAGUCUUUCUUCUUUGCCUGCUUUUGAAGAUUUCUUGGAUGAUUAUGCUAAUAAUAAUAAUCAGAGAGAUGGAAUUAUUAGUGGAGGGUAUCAACCUAGUAGGUUUUCAACUGGGAAUAGUGCAAAUUCUUUUGAUAUUGAAACCUCAAUUCCUGCAGUUUUGGAUUGUUUGGACAUGCAUAAUCCUUCUUCCAGGUUUGGUGCUUCGGUUAGUGAAAACUCUUCAGUAAGAUCUCAGGACAGAGAUAUUUAUCAAAUGACUUCUCUUUCUCAACAACUGCAACAAGAACAACUGGAGAAACAACCACCACCACCGUCAACAACGCCGCCGGCUCCGCUGCCACCAGUAGCAACAGCACUUCCAGAGCAGCAACAGCAGAAUUUUAACCAUAGCUUGAUGUCUCCUUUCCCUAUUGGUUCGGAGCAGGAACAAGACAGUGGGCUUGAACUAGUACACCUUCUCCUUGCAUGUGCAGAGGCAGUAGCCAAAGAAGACUACAUGUUAGCAAGAAAAUAUCUGCACCAUCUAAAUCGAGUGGUUUCACCUCUUGGAGAUUCCAUGCAAAGAGUUGCUUCUUUUUUCACUGAAGCCUUAAGUGCUAGACUUGCUGCAACUCUGACAGCUAAGCCCAAUACUAAUACAAAUUCCACUUCUUCUACAAAACCCUUCUCUCCUUACCCUCCAAACUCCUUGGAAAUCCUCAAGAUCUACCAAAUCCUCUACCAAGCUUGCCCCUAUGUGAAAUUUGCUCAUUUCACCGCUAAUCAAGCCAUUUUCGAAGCAUUCGAAGCGGAAGAACGCGUUCAUGUCAUUGACUUAGAUAUCCUUCAAGGCUAUCAAUGGCCAGCUUUCAUGCAAGCAUUAGCAGCAAGACCCGGCGGAGCUCCAUUUCUUCGAAUAACAGGGGUUGGGUCCAGCAUAGAAAGCGUAAGAGAAACGGGUCGGUGCUUAACAGAGUUAGCUCACUCACUGCACGUUCCAUUCGAGUAUCAUCCUGUAGCAGAAGAAUUAGAUAAUCUAAAACCCCAUAUGUUUAACAGAAGAGUCGGUGAAGCUCUCGCCGUUAACUCCGUUAACCGGCUCCACCGCGUUCCGGCUAACUGUCUUGGUAAUUUAUUAGCCAUGAUACGUGACCAAGCGCCGAAUAUAGUAACCCUAGUAGAACGAGAAGCAAGUCAUAACGGACCAUACUUUUUAGGAAGAUUUCUUGAAGCGUUGCAUUAUUACUCAGCAAUAUUUGACUCAUUAGACGCGACGUUCCCACCGGAUUCUGCGCAGAGAGCGAAAUUGGAGCAGUACAUAUUCGCACCGGAAAUAAGGAAUAUAGUAGCAUGUGAAGGAGCGGAAAGAACAGAAAGACAUGAAAGAUUGGAGAAAUGGAGAAAGUUAAUGGAAGGAAAAGGGUUUAAGGGGGUGCCACUCAGUGCAAAUGCAGUAACUCAGUCAAGAAUAUUGUUGGGUUUGUAUUCUUGUGAUGGGUACAGAUUGACAGAAGAUAAGGGUUGUUUGCUUUUAGGGUGGCAAGAUAGAGCUCUAGUUGCUGCUUCUGCAUGGCGAUGCUGAUGACACUGAUAUUUUUUUUUUUUUUUUUAAAUCUUUUCACGUGUAUUCUUGCCUUGGGGCUUCUUUUGUUUGUUAUUUGAGGUUUUCAGUUUGUUGGUUCCUUAGCUAUAAGUAAAAGACAAACAUAUAUGCACAUAUAUUAUCCAAAAAAGAACAACGCAAGUGCCAAGAUAUGAGAAAAGGGAUGAUA